GUUCUUUACUUCCUCUCUUCCUCUUCCUUUUACCCGCAAUCCUUUUUCUUUCUUUCUUUUUCUCCCCUUUCGUCUACUCUCUUUUUAAUAUAUAUCCUGUAUCAUAAUUUUAUUGUUCAUUCUCAUUUUCAUUUCUUUGCUGUUUUUUGUUGCCUUUGUAAUCUUUGUCAUUCCAUUUUGUUGUAUAUCAAAGAAAGAGAAAGAAAGAAAGUAGAAAAAUGGUUUCGUCUACCUUUGAUUUCUUAGCACAGGCUGCCUUUGCUUCCGCAGAGUCCAUCUUUGCUGUCAACUCACCUUCGUCACAGCCCGCUCACGCCUUGGAUCGCCUCUCGGACAGGUACAACAUUAACAACACAUCGCCUGAAAUCACAACUCUCCAGGCCAAUGCUGAUCCAUUUCAAAAGGUCCAAGAGUCGGCUGCUGCCAACAAGGACCUGACAUCGGUCCUCACUACCUCGGACGCACUCUUGCCUGCAAUUCCUCAUCUCUUCAAGGUGGCUGCUCAGCGAUCCGCAGUUGUUGUUCAUGUGGAGACUAAGGAACGGGAUUCCAACAAUCAUAACCAUGCUAAUGGUCAUGCCAAUGGCAAAGAGCAUAAGGGAAGCAAUGGUGGCGUUGUCCCCUCAUAUUCUGAUUUGAUGGCUGUCCGUCAAACAGGAUUCGCAGUCUUGACCUCGGACAAUGCUCAAACGGCCUUUGAUCUGGCUUUGGUGGCACAGGCAGCUGCAGUCCAGACAAGCACCCCCUUCUUGAAUGCCGUGAACAAUGCUAAUAUUUCAGAGCAGCAGAAGCAACAGAUUGUAUUGGAUCAUCAGAAGGUUGCCCCUACAUUGUUGUCUGAGAAAGAUCUGACAGCACACAAGGAGCGUCAGCAGGCCGUAAGCGAGAUCUCGCUCUCCUCGCUCUACUUGAAUCCUAAAGACUCUGCCAACAGUAAUGUACAGACUUCGGCAUCACCUGAGGAAGUCUACACCAAGGUCGAGGAGCUCUUGUCUGUGUUCCAGAAGCAAACUGGCCGCUCGUAUCGCCCUAUUGAGUAUCAUGGCUCUGCCAAUCCAAAGACUGUCUUUGUCACCCUAGCUAUUGGUGCUUCAACUCUUGAGCAAAUUCUCGAGAAGCAUCACAGCAAGGAUGUCGGCAUCAUCAAGGUCUAUCUUUACCGCCCCUGGUCUGAACGUCACUUCAUUCAGGCUUUGCCAAAGUCUGUCGAGCGUGUCAUUGUCUUUGAGCAGGCCCCUGCUGCCCACACUGCCUGGACUCCUCUCUUCCUCGAUGUUUCUGCUUCCUUCCACAGCACUGAGGCUGCUUGGGAAGGUCAGGUCCCCAAGAUUAUCAGCGCCCGUUACCGUGGAUCUGGAGCUGACCUCUCAGAGGGCGAUAUCAAGGGUGCCCUGGCCUCCGAGCAACCUUCGUUUGUCAUCAACCCCAAUUAUGUCGCUCAUGCUACCUCUCAUGCUACUCCUCUUCAAGACUCGGACAUUGAUACGCCCUACAUUCAGAUGUUGAACCAAGUCUUCCAGGAUCGAUUGAAUAUUGAGAACGGCGUCAAGUCGAACUCUGUCUGGGGAUCUUCGCAACAAUUGCCCGAGUUUGGUUACGGUUCAUUGAUCACCAAGGUAAAUGCUCGUGCUCGUUUUGCUGAGCUUGUCUCCAAGACUGUUCAGGACUCUUCCCUCAAGAUCUCUGAGCCUCUCCGCAAGGCUCUGACUCAGUGGCAUUUGAACCGUGCAGAUAGCAAAUCAGCCAAGCGAUAUGGUGAUGAGGCCAUUGCAUUGCUCCAAGAGGUCAAAGAUGGUCUUGUCGGAUCCCUUGCUGAGAUUGCGUCUCAAUCUGCUCACUUUGCCAAGCCUUCGCACUGGUUAGUGGGUGCUGAUUCUUGGGCCUUUGAUAUUGCCGACUCUGGUGUCCAUCAUGUCAUCUCUUCUGAUGCUGACAUCAACCUCUUGAUCCUUGAUACUGAGCCCUACACUGCCCGUACUAAGAACCCUGAGAACCGCAAGAAGGACAUUGGUCUCUAUGCCAUGAAUUACGGCUCUGUUUUCGUUGCCUCAGUCGCUGUCUACUCUAGCUAUUCUCAUGUCCUCCACGCUUUGAUUGAGGCUGACCAGUUCCAGGGGCCUUCGAUCGUUCUUGCAUACUUGCCUCAUCCUGACGAGGAGAAGGUUUCACCCAUUACAGUUUUAAAAGAAACCAAGCUUGCAGUCGACUCUGGUUACUGGCCCUUGUACCGCUGGAACCCUUCGCUCGAAGAGAAGGGCGAGGAGCCUUUCCGCCUGGAUUCCGAGCGCAUCAAGUUGGAUCUUCAGCAGUUCCUCGAGCGUGAGAAUCACUUGUCCUUGAUCAUCAAGCAGAACCCUGACAUUGCUCGUACCUUGACUCACUCCGUCGAAUCUGAGGCCAAAGCCCGUGAUUCCGCUCUCAAGAGAAAGGCCAAGGAUGACUUUGCAAAGCUGAUGGGUGGCCUUGGAGGCCCACCACUGUUGAUCCUCUUUGGUUCCGAUGGAAGCAAUGCCGAAGGUCUCUGCAAGCGCUUAAUCAAGGGCGCAAAGCUGCGCAAUCUCUCUGCCCGUUACUGCGCCAUGGAUGAUGUUUCGAUCGAGGAUUUGACACUGGAGAAGCAUGUCAUCUUUAUUGUCAGUACUGCCGGUCAAGGAGAAUUCCCUGUCAAUGCUCGUGAGUUCUGGAAAUCUUUGGAUGCAGCUACAGAGCUGGCUGUGUCGGAGACCAAGUUUGGUAUCUUUGGUCUUGGUGAUUCACACUACUGGCCGCGCGAGGAGGAUGCUAUCUUUUACAAUCGUCCUUCGAGAGAUCUUCAUGCCAAGCUGGUCGAUCUUGGUGCUCAACCCUUACUCGAACUCGGUCAAGGCAACGAUCAAGAUGCCGAUUCGUUCGAGACCGCUUGGGCUGUGUGGGAGCCUCUUCUCUGGGAGUCUCUCGGAUGCAAGCCUUUAGAGGGCGUUGUUGAGGAGCCUAAGCAAUCUGCUGAUGAUGCUAUGAAGAUUGCCUCCAACUACCUUCGUGGUACCAUUGCCGAGGGUCUCUUGGACACCACCACUGGCCAACUUCGUGCGGAGGCUGACACAAAGUUGACAAAGUUCCACGGUAUCUACCAGCAAGACGAUCGUGACCUCCGUGAAGAGCGCAAGGCACAGGGGUUGGAGAAGGCCUUCUCGUUCAUGGUUCGUGUCCGUGUUCCAGGAGGUGUGGCCACACCUGCUCAAUGGUUGGCAAUGGACAGUAUUUCGGAUGUCACUGCCAACGGUACCUUGAAGUUGACUACCCGUCAGGCCUUCCAGUUCCAUGGAGUUUUGAAGCGCAACCUCAAGAAGAACAUUCAACUUAUUAACAAGUCACUCUUAGACACUAUUGCAGCUUGCGGUGAUGUCAACCGUAACAUCAUGUGCAACCCCAAUCCUCAUCAGUCGGAUCUUCAUAAGCAGGUCAAUGACUUUGCAACCAAUCUUUCGGCUCAUUUGCUGCCCAAGACCUCCGCUUAUCGUGAGAUUUGGCUUGAUCAGAAGCUUGUCAAGGGAGAAGCUGUAGUUGAUCACGAGCCCCUUUAUGGACCUACUUACUUGCCACGCAAGUUCAAGAUUGUUGUUGCUGUUCCUCCUAACAACGAUGUUGAUGUAUUUGCUCACGAUCUCGGCUUCAUUGCCAUCACCAACAAGGAUGGUUCCCUCGCUGGAUUCAACGUCACUGUUGGGGGUGGUAUGGGUAUGACUCACGGUAACAAGAAGACCUAUCCUCGUCUUGCAGAUAUCAUUGGUUUCUGUACUCCCGAGCAGGCCAUUGAGACUGGUGAGAAGGUCAUGUUGGUGCAACGUGACUUUGGUGACCGUAUGAACCGUAAGCACGCCCGUCUGAAGUACACCAUCGAUGACCGUGGUAUUGAGUGGUUCAAGACUGAAGUUCAAUCCCGCUUGCCCUUCCAGCUUCAAGAGCCCCGUCCCUUCAAGUUCCUGGAUAAUGCAGACCGUUAUGGAUGGACCCAGGGUCAGGACAAGUUGUGGCACUACUGCUGCUACAUUGAGAACGGUCGUGUGAAGGACACUCCAGCUGAGCCUCACAAGACUGGACUGCGCGAGAUUGCGAAGGUCCAUAAUGGAGAGUUCAGAUUGACACCUAACCAGCAUUUGAUUAUUGCUAACGUCAAGGAGUCUGAGAAGGCACGUAUCCAGGAGUUGUUGGAGAAGUAUAAGUUGGACAAGCUCAACUACACUGGUGCUAUGCUCAAUUCGAUGGCCUGUGUAGCCUUCCCAACUUGCUCAUUGGCUAUGGCAGAGUCUGAGCGAUACUUGCCUUCGUUGGUCGAGAAGUUUGAGUCAACGUUGGAGGAGGUCGGAUUGAGGGAUGAUGCGGUGACGAUUCGUAUGACAGGAUGUCCUAACGGAUGUGCUCGUCCAUAUGUGGCUGAGAUUGCAUUUGUGGGUAAGGCCUAUGGAGCUUACAAUGUCUACCUGGGAGGAGGACAUCACGGAGAGCGUUUGAACAAGUUGUACAAGGAGUCGUUGACAGAACCAGAAAUUGUUGCAGAAAUCACGCCAAUGUUGCGUAGGUGGGCAGCAGAGCGUCUUGAGGGUGAACACUUUGGUGACUUUGUGAUUCGUGUUGGCAUUAUCAAAGCAACUUUGAGCGGCAAGACCUUCCACGAUCUCUCAUAAGUUUCACAUAUUUAUUAUAUUAUCUAUCUAUCUUUCCAUUAGUUUUUGUUUAAUUUUAUUUUUUUUAUUUUUUUUUUGCAU